AUGAGUAUUCAGGUACCCAUAUUUGUACUCCUUUAUGGAGUAGCGGGAAUCUGUGCUGGACUCUGGGCCUUUGGUGAUCGCGUGAUAACAACGGUUGGCAAAAAAGUCUCACACAUCAGCCCAGCCAGUGGUUUUACUAUCGAAUUCGGAGCGGCAGUGACCUCAAUGCUUGCUAGUCGGUUUGGCCUUCCCAUCAGCACUACGCACUGCCUGGUAGGUAGGCUCAGUGGUCGCGGUUGGUUUGCUACGAGCUAA